AAUGGCGCCGGUUCCUCCUCCCACGCCCUGACUCUCUCUCUCUCUCUAAAAAGGCCAAGAGAGAGAAAGUCGCCAUUGACAGUGCUGCGAGCUUCCGCUAGAGGGAGAGAGAGAGAGAGCAGGUGGUGCGACAGCGAGGGGGGGAAUUGGCCCCCGUCUAUAAAGAAAGGAGCGAUUUUUGCUUUUCCACAUUAAGUGGAGAACUCGUCAUCGAGCGCUUUGCUUUUCGAUUCCAUUCCGCCCCCCUCGCUUUCCAAGCUACAAAAGCAAGCAAAACUAAAUGUGACCCUUCCACGCACUCGUCAUCUUUCGUUCUUUUUCGGUGGUGGAGGAGUGGGGGGAAGAAGAAGGAGAGAAAAAGCCCACCGGUUUCGCCUUUCUGAGGUGAAGAUCUGUAAUUUCUUUCUUCGGAGGUGGUGAUUGGGGGCCUGAAUUCUCGGCCUGAAUUCUCUCUUCUGAUGUUUUAUUCACAACCAUCGUUCCGACCACCUAUUAAUUUCUCGUCCAGGCCCCCUUGCUCUACUCAAUUUCCUACAUUUUCCUUCCCUCGGAUGUCUUCUUCAUAUGUUGCUUCAAUUGCCUUAGAUUUCGCCUGAAAAUUUGACACUUUCCCGGCGGGUACCACUGCCUCUCUGUUCUUGUUUCCACUUUUUUCUACCAGUUGAUUGGGGGGGUCAUUUUAACUUACCCGUCUAGUUUGACAUUUUGUGGGGUUGAAAUGGGUGAUAGGUUUAGGUCAAUCUCGAUUGAGGAUUUGCCCUCGCAUUUGAUUCUUGAGAUUCUGAGCUGUGGCCGGCUCAGUUCAGUUGAUCUUGUUUUCUUAGAAUUGACCUGUAGAACUUUCGGGGGUAGUCAUGGGCUGCACCCCAGCAAAUUCCGAUCGCUUGUGGAGCUUGCCGCGUUACAGCUCUGCAGUUCUCAUCCUAUUUAUUCCUCGAUGAGUGCAAAAUUGAAAAAGGAGAUCUUUGAUCGAUGUGGUGGCAAUUGGAAGCGGCUUUUGAGGUUCCUGCAAUCUGUGGAGCAAUCCUCCAACAUGGUUGAGACAUCCUCUGGCAACCAGAUGCAGGUUACCACCGGGAAAUAUCAUACAUUACUUCUCCAUGAUUCAUCCGUUUAUUCUUGUGGAUCUAGUCUAAGUGGUGUUCUUGGUCAUGGUGCUGAAACAACACAGUGUGUAGCAUUUACCCCAAUAAGUUUUCCAUAUGCGACCCAUGUAUUACAAGUCUCAGCCUCCCAUUAUCAUGCUGCUUUCGUCACACGAUCUGGAGAGGUUUUCACUUGCGGAGAUAAUUCAUCCUACUGCUGUGGACAUAGAGAUACAGCACGUCCAAUAUUUAGACCUCGGCUUGUUGAAGCAUUGAAAGAAGUUCCCUGUAAACAGGUUGCUGCAGGGCUUAAUUUUACUGUUUUCCUCACAAGAGAUGGUCAUGUCUAUACAUGUGGCAGCAACACAUGUGGACAACUUGGUCAUGGUGAUGCUCUGGAGAGGUGGACGCCAAAGAUGAUUGAACAAUUUGAAGCUGUAGGCCCUGUGGUACAAAUUGCUGCUGGUCCGAGUUAUGUGUUCGCUGUAGUAGAAAAUGGAGCACUCUACUCUUUUGGUUCAGGUUCCAACUUCUGUCUUGGACAUGGAGAGCAGCAUAAUGAGUCCAACCCUCGUCAAAUUCAAUAUUUUAGAAGGAGGGACAUCCAUGUGGUGCACGUUUCUGCAGGUGAUGAGCAUGCUGUGGCACUGGAUUCUAAUGGACUUGUUUACACUUGGGGCAAAGGUUAUUGCGGUGCUCUAGGCCAUGGAGAUGAGAUUGAUAAAACUACUCCAGAACUUGUAGAGAGCCUAAAGGGCCAUCUUACAGUACAGGUCUGUGCAAGAAAGAGGAAAACCUUUGUCUUGGAGGAGCACGGUUGCGUGUAUGGUUUUGGAUGGAUGGGAUUUGGCAGCCUAGGGUUUACAGACAGAGGACCAUCCGAUAAAGUCAUGAGGCCAACAAUCCUCGAUAGCCUGAGAACACACCGCAUCUCCCAAAUUAGUACCGGUCUGUACCACACAGUGGCAAUAACUAGCAAAGGGCAGUUGUUUGGGUUCGGCGACAAUGAGAGGGCACAACUCGGGCAUGACAUGCUGAGAGCCUGCCUGGAACCGACCGAGAUAUUUGUCCAACAAACAGUGGAUGAAACAGGCUGCAGCUCUGGAAUGGAGUAAGACUCUGGCACCACAAUUGUUGAAACUAAUGAUUUUUUUUUGUAUUUAAGUCUGUUAGAUGAUAUGUUUGAUGUCCUUAGUGGAAUUGCAUAAAGCUCCAGUGAGGAACCUUAUGGGGCCAAUCUUGUCUCCUAAAAAAGAUGCUGUACACGAAAUACUCACUUGUAGUUGCUUUCGGCUCAUUAUGCUUCUAAGCCACUCUUUUACAUUUAUGAAGCCUGCUGCCAGGUUUUGCGUCA